AUGGACGACGUUGAUCGGUUGUUCGAGUGCUUCAAAUGCGGCAUCUCCCCUCCUCAAUCUGCUUUGAGGGAAAGAAAGAGAAGCAAAAGCAACUUGAAGCGAAGAAGCAAAACCCAGGAGGUCUCUUCUCCAGGAUCAGCAGCAGGGCAAACACAGAAAAAUGCAUCAGAAAUACAACUUUCUGCGGAGAAGUCUGGUUCAGGAACCGUUAAAGCAAACAACUUUAACCGUGCAAAGCAGUUUUCUCCAGUUGUAUUCUAUGGGUCUCCAAAUGGGGUGCCUCCUAAAAAACCAUCAAGAUCUUUGCUGCGAUUGUUACGUGAAAUACGUGUUGAUCUUGCUACGCAAAAAAGAUUGAGUUCAAGGAAGGAAGUAUGGGCGACAUUUCCAAGGCAGGAUGAAGCAAUGCAGUUUGCCAAAGGGAAUGGGAACGUUCAUGUUUUUAGUUAUCAAGAUCACUAUAGUGGACAAAGAAGGUUCCUUGUUUCAACUUACGACGAUUUCUGGAGAAGGUACAACAAUAUGAAUCCCAAGUUCCGUCACCAUUACGAAGUGAUUCAGGAGGGUUUACCAUGCCACCUUUACUUUGACUUGGAGUUCAAUAAGAGAGACAAUGCAGGCAGAAAUGGAGACGAAAUGGUUGAUGUCUUGAUUUCAGUCAUUUUUGAAGCCUUACUUGAAAAGUAUUCUAUUCAAGGAAACAAGGAAUGGAUAUUGGAGCUUGAUUCCUCUACUGAAGCAAAGUUCUCUCGUCAUCUAAUCAUUCGCAUAGAAAAGACUGCCUUUAAGGACAACUCACAUGCAGGUGCAUUUGUCACUGAGAUAUGCUCACGGAUUUCAAGUGCAAAGGAGAGGGAUGGAAGAUUUGGAAAUUUUUUUGUUAGAAAAGAUUCAAAGUCUUUGAACUCCGCUAGUCAACUAUUUGUGGACACUGCUGUAUAUACCCGAAAUCGUUGCUUUCGCUUAGCUCUAUCAUCAAAGGCAGGGAAGAAUUCAAUGCUUCUACCUACUGGGCGUUUCAAAGCCAAGGACAUGCAAUCUGAGGAGGAAAUGUUCAUGGCAUCCUUGAUCUGCAAUUUGGAUGUUGAUUGUGAGAAGCUUCUAGUAUGCAAAACAGAUCUUGAUUGUAUAAAGACUCUGCAUUUUGAUACAGAGAUAAACCGUAACUUUGGAAAAUGUUACAGUUGGCCUCAAGAAUAUGCGUUGAAUGGUGGCACAACUGAUGCUUCAGCAACAUACUUCCUUGGGAAAUCUCCAUUCCCAGCUUUGGAUGCAUUUAUAGAGUCGGUUGCUACUGUUGGAAAUGUAUCAGGUGGUAAAAUUCGCAGCUGGUACUGGUUCUCAGAGUUUGGACACAUGGUCUACAGCAUGUCAAGAAACAGAUACUGUGAGCGAAUCGGCAGACAGCAUAAAAGCAAUCAUGAUUACACUCUCAGCUGCAUUCUGUCUGGCACUUCCCCUACCCCACUCUUUCUUAUAUGUAAGACAAACUUGCUAAUAGGCGUAAUCAUUCUAUUAGUGAUAUACGUUGCUGACCUCAGAAGGGCUGCUUAUUAUCAGAAAUGUCAUGAUCCUGACUGUAGAGGUUAUCGUUCUCCCUCGCGUCCAAUUCCAUUGGAUAUCAUUCCUGAAAUGGUGCAUGAAUAUCGAAAUGAUCAUGAAUGUGUUCCUUAUGGGGAUGAGAACAUGACUAGCAGCUGCAUUACAGAUUCAUGGUGGCUUGAAGCCAUAAGAGUUGCAGAUGAUGUUGAAAAUAAGAACAUAGACAUCAGAAAUAUGGAAAACAUCGAUUCGGAAGAUGACAACUGGUGGAUGGCUGUGGAAAAAACUGCAUCCCAAGCUGAACUAGCGCACUUCAACUGA